UCAUGAUUUUUGAAUUCAAAAUUUAAGUUCUACAAAAACGUAAAAAUGUCUGGUAAAAAAAGCACUCAAAUGCAAGAUAUAAUAAAACAACAAAGCUUAAAAUCUGAACCGUGUCCGUGGCUGUGUAAUCUGGUACCGUCAAAUGUGCCAGCACCGGGCACUGCUCAAGUUGUUCUUCAUCCAAAGAAAGAUGUCUUCGUUCUUAAGGUGGCGAAAAUAGGACCUACCGGUGACCGAAGAUGUAAAAUGGAACUCGAACUGGUUACUCCCAAAGGUCCAGAAAGAAAAACGCUUUGUCGAAUUGAUACAAGAGAAACCCAAUGUGACCCCGACCCUUCUCCUUGUUGCUGCAUAAGACCAAGAAAAAGUAGAAAGUAA